AUGGCGAAAUUAACAGUCGCUGAUGUCGUAAACCUUGACAGUGACAGUGACAGUGACGACGACGACGGAGGAGAAGUGCUUCGGAGUUCGGCGACCAUAAUGGAGAAUCGGCNAAUUACAAGAAUGAUUGAGCAUGCUCGUAUACAUCCCAAGUUUCUUCAUUCGAAUGCUACUUCACACAAAUGGGCUUUUGGAGCAAUCGCAGAGCUACUUGAUAAUGCUGUUGACGAGAUACAAAAUGGUGCCACUUUUGUUAAGAUUGAUAAGAUCAGUAUUGUCAAAGAUAAUUCACCAGCUUUAGUAUUCCAAGAUGAUGGCGGCGGGAUGGAUCCCAAUGGGAUCAGAAAAUGCAUGAGCUUAGGCUACUCAUCAAAGAAGUCUAAUACGACGAUUGGACAGUAUGGAAAUGGUUUCAAGACAAGUACUAUGAGACUUGGAGCUGAUGCCAUUGUUUUUAGUCGCUCAACUCGUGAAGGCAAAUCUACCCAGAGCGUCGGCCUUCUGUCUUACACGUUCCUUAGGAAAACUGGUCAGGAUGAUGUGAUUGUUCCCAUGAUUGAUCUUGAUUUAACCCAUGGUCGUCUCGAACCUAUAAUUUAUGGAUCUCCCGAAGAUUGGUCUACCAGCCUUAACAUUCUUCUCAAAUGGUCUCCAUUUUCAACAGAAGAUGAGCUUUUGCAGCAGUUCGAGGAUAUUGGCACGCAUGGAACAAAAGUAAUUAUAUACAACUUGUGGCUUAAUGAUGAAGGAAUCUAUGAGCUGAGUUUUGAUGAUGAUGAUAAGGACAUACGGCUCCGAGAUGAAAAUGCCCAGGACGGGAAACGGGUGAUAGCUAAAACAUUAGAACUAAGAUCUCAUAUUUCAUACCGCUUACGACAUUCUCUUCGGGCUUACGCUUCCAUGUUAUACCUCAAAAACUUCAAAAACUUCAAAAUUAUUCUUCGGGGAAUCCCUGUGGAGCAAUUCAACAUUGCUGAUGAAUUGAGACAUCCCGAGAGUAUAAUGUACAAGCCCCAUACAGCUACAAUGGAACAAGCUGCCACUGAAAUUAAAGUUGGAUUCAUCAAGGAGGCACCAAAACUUCCAAUUAUCGGUUUUAAUGUCUAUCACAAAAACCGUCUCAUCAAGCCUUUCUGGCAAGUCCUUGUGGAAACUUCAUCGAGAGGCAGUGGUGUUGUCGGAGUUCUUGAAGCAAACUUCAUAGAACCAGCGCACGAUAAGCAAGGAUUUGAGAGGUCUUCUCUAUAUCUGCGGCUGGAAGCGAGGUUGAAGAAGAUCAUCAUAGAUUACUGGUGGGGCCACUGCCACGUUUUUGGAUACCGAACUCCUGAAAUGCCUGUAGAUAGGUCGAAAAGGGUAGUAUUACCUGAUCAACCUCCUGCAAUCAAUACAUUCAAUCCUUCACCUUUGCCUUCUGAUAGAAUUAGUCAAGGUGGUCCGAUAAUACGUGAAAUCAGUCAUGGUAAUGGCACUUCAAGCCGUACAGUUGCUGUUGCACCGCCACAUAUGAGAAAUUCCACGGGUUUAAGAUGUAACUUCCAACCCGUGCAGCUCAACCCUCCACCUGCAGCUACCGGUACUGGAAACAACCUCGGUGGCAAGUCAGCGGAUGAGAUAAGACAAGAGAACUUACAACUCUUCAUGAAGUGCGAGGAAUAUAUAAAGAAAGAGACUGAAAUGGAACAGAUGGUGAGGAACAUAGAAAAGGAACUGGAAGAAACUAAAAGUAAAUGUGCACAUCUUGCUCUUCUUGUGGAUGCUAAGAAGAAGGAGAUGCAAGAAGCUUUAAGUUAA